AGUCAUUUUGACAUCCAAACCACACUUCAAUCUCUAUCUGGAUUUUCCAAAGAGAAAGAAAAAUGGGUUAUGUUGAAGCUUAUGUUUUUAUGUUUUUCAUAGCAACACUAUCGUCGUUCACCAUUGGUGAUCCUCAAGUCCCAUGUUACUUCAUAUUUGGUGACUCGUUAUAUGAUAACGGCAACAAUAACGACCUUGUUACAGAGGCAAAAGUCAACUUCCCACCCUACGGGGUCGACUUUCCUGACGGUCCAACUGGAAGAUUUUCCAACGGUCGAAAUAUUGCCGACGUUAUUGCUGAACUACUUGGGUUUGAAAACUCCAUUCCACCUUAUGCGACCGUAAGUCGCAAAGACAUCGUUCGUGGGGUCAACUACGCAUCAGGCGCGGCCGGAAUUCGUGACGAAAGUGGCCAACACAUGGGUGGUAGGAUAAGCUUGAAUCAGCAAAUAGCACGUCAUGCUAUCAUUAUAUUGCAACUAAUCGACUUAAUUGGAAAGGGAAGUGUAGCUCCGGUACAAGAACAUCUCAACAAAUGCAUAUACACAGUUGCAAUGGGAAAUAAUGAUUUCAUCAACAACUAUUUCUUUCCACAAUACUACAACACAAGUAGCCUGUAUACACCCGAAGAGUAUGCAGAAAUCCUUGUACAACAAUAUAGCGAACAGCUAUCGAAACUAUAUGAGUUUGGAGCAAGAAAGUUUGCGGUAUCAGGAGCCGGAUAUGCAGGAUGCGCACCUGCGAUGAUGGCUAGAUAUGAAACAAAUGUAUGUGUUGAUGCAGUAAAUUAUGCUGUUGUACAAUUCAAUGCGAGGCUUACAGCUGCUCUCGUUGACCUCGAGAGUAAACUCCCUGGAGCGAAGUUCAUAUACAUGGAGCCUCCGCUAGGAUAUUCUAACGAUUUCAAUGUUACGGACCAACCCUGCUGCAAGGUCUCUACAACUAUCGGUGAGGGCCAAUGUGUUCCUAGUCAAGUGCCAUGUAAUGAGAGGCAAAACUAUGUAUUUUGGGACGCAUUCCACCCUACUGAAAGUAUUAGCCUUGUAGACGGUGCAGCGGUAUAUGCAGCAAUGUCCCCAUUUUAUGCCUCUUCGACUAAACUAUCAUUGCCGUCUGAGGAACUCUUAAUUAGUGAUGCUUAAUGGAAGAAGUGGAAGAUAUUCUAACGAUUUCAAUGUUACGGACCAACCCUGCUGCAAGGUCUCUACAACUAUCGGUGAGGGCCAAUGUGUUCCCAGUCAAGUGCCAUGUAAUAAGAGACAAAACUAUGUAUUUUGGGACGCAUUCCACCUACUGAAAGUAUUAGCCUUGUAGACGGAGCAGCCGUAUAGCAGCAAUGUCCCCAUUUUAUGCCUCUUCGACUAAACUAUCAUUGCCAUCUGAGGAACACUUAAUUAGUGAUGCUUAAUGGAAGAAGAAGAUAUAUUAUAUAUCCUAGUUGUUCAUCAUACACGUAGCUUAAAUCUACCAAGGGUUUACUCUUGUAUUGGUUGUCUCACGCAUAUGACGUGAAUAUGUAACUUAUGCACUAUUAAUAAAAAAAAAUGAACAGCUAUGGCUUGUAAUAA